UCGAGUGUAAAACAAGCAUUCUGUUUAUAUCAAUGCAUUGGUACUUCAUAAAUUUAUUCCUAGUCAACUCUUGGCUCGAAACCGACAAUAAUUACGGAAUUAUUAGUGCGGUCGUUCUUAUUUGAAAAAACGUGCAAUGGAGAAGUGCGAAAAUCUGAAGGAGCCAGUGAAGGAGUCAGGGAAGUUGCGGCAAUUCCUUGCCACGAUAAUCAUAAAUCAGUUGGCGUUGUCUUACGGAAUCGUGAUAGGAUGGCCAUCACCGUCAGCGCAACUGUUGCAAAGUCCUUCAUCGCCCGUGGGAAACCCUAUGACUGAUAACGGCGUAUCCUGGUUGACUGGCAUUUUGUGUCUAAGUGGUACUUUCGUGGCUGUGCUAACAUCGAUGAUACCAGACAAGUUUAGUCGGAAGAGAUUGGGCUACAUAUUAGUGGUGCCAAUAAUUAUCGCUUGGUUGUUGAUCAUGUUUGCUACCGAGCACAUGUAUAUCUAUGUGUCGAGGGGUCUGAGUGGCAUCAGUGGCGCUGCUACAUUCUUCGUCGUACCAAAUUACGUGUCGGAAAUUUCGUGCGACAGUAUCCGUGGCAUGUUGGCAAGUAUCUUGAUACUUUCCGUGAAUACCGGGAUACUAGUGGCUUACAUCCUGGGUGGCAUAAUGUCCUUCCGUGCCUUGCCCGUAGCUGUUAUAGCGUUAAUUCUUUUGUAUCUUAUCACUUUCGUCUUCAUGCCGGAGUCGCCGUUAUAUCUGGUGCGUCGAAAUCGUACACACGAAGCGAUUAGAGCCUUGAAGUGGUUGAAAGCUGGAAACAAUCUGGAAGCAGAACGUACGUUGUCGCAUAUACAAUUGCAAAUCAAGGAGACCGCAUCCAUAAAGUCUACCAAGUUUUCAGAUUUGGUUAGAGACAAAGCAACGAUUAAAGGACUCAUAAUUAUUGUGGGUCUGUUCAUCGGUCAACAACUUUGUGGCAUUUUUGCGAUGAUCAGUAACACGGAAAUGAUUUUUAAAAUGUCCGACAGUUCGUUAUCACCGAAUAUAUCAUCUAUCAUUGUAGCGAUUAUACAGGUCUUUGGAUCGUGGUUAGCGACAUUAUUAGUGGAACGCGCUGGCAGACGGCCCUUGAUUCUUCUAUCCUGUGCAGGAAUGACCGUGUGUCAUUGUAUGAUAGGUGCAUUUUAUUAUCUUCAAAACUUGCAAUAUGAAGUGUCCGCUUAUUCUUGGAUACCGGUGGUAGCAUUAUCUGCCUACAUGAUAUUAUUUUCUUUGGGAAUGGGAAACGGACCUGUCGUGGUGAUGUCUGAGAUAUUCAGCCGUGACGUAACCAGCCUGGCCUCGGCCAUAGGUAUCUCUGUAAGUUGGAUAUCUGCAUUCAUCAUGACGAAAAGCUUCACGGAUUUCAUUACUUUGUUAGGCUUGCAUGGUUGCUUCUUUCUCCUUGCUACUUUCUGCGUAUGCAAUUUUUUGUUUUGCUUCAUAUUACUACCAGAGACCAAAGGACAGUUACGCGAAGAUAUUGUAGAUGAACUUAAUGGCGUGCGAUGUACAAAUAAGAACGAUAUUAAACAUAUCAUUGGAUCAGAUUCAGUUCACGCGGCGCAUGUGUGA